CCAGGUCCUAAUUCAACAGUGUGAAGUCUUAUAUACCCUAGGGAAAAGGGUCUCUAACUUUCAUGUCGAGGAGUUUUACAGUGAUAAUUGUCUUGAAGUGGAAGAGUGAACCAUGAGACGACGAAAGUAAAAGAUCAGCGCCGGACUGUGACCCAAAGAUGGACGUCAAAAGAGAAUCGACGUUUCUGGGCUACUCCCGGGUGAGACCGUCGACCAAGCAAACAACUAAACGAGACUUCGGUGAAUACUCGUUGCCACGAAGAGCGACUGUUGAUCAACACUCACCAAUAUGGAAGCGACUGAUGGUCGAUUCGUCUGCGCGAGUGUCCUCAACGCACAGCAACAGUUGCCCAGAUUUAGCAGGGAAAUGUGCUGCGCCUGAAACGAGUCAGGUCUUAGAAAUAGGACCGUCGAGAAACGGGAAAACAACGCCGCGUGUACAAAAUAACAGUUGUAGCAAUUCGAAGAACAGUUCGCCCAACUUGAAGAGGAGGUCCUUUGGGCACCGUGAAAUCAUUGAUGUGCGGAAUGUGUCUUCGCUGAAUGGGUCGUCUGCGUCCGAUUCAUCUGGGCGAUACUCAAUGCGAAAUGGCGUGCCUAGUGUGAAUCGAUCAGAUCCCAAAUCAGUGAAUAGCUCCUCGCCAAAGGGAAGUCGGACGAUCAAAAAGGUGGAUUCCCAAUUACCGCGACCUGGGGUUGUGACUGACAGGAACCGCAGACGCCGUUUGUCUAAAUCUUUGGACGAGGACCUUGCGCAGUUACAACAACUGACGAAAGCCAAAAAGGACCUCGAGCGAUUAACAAUAACACCACGCAGAGAUGAUUCUGAUCAUUCCUACCAUCAAUCGCUGACGACCAAUGAGAUUGUUCAGUUGUACUUGGAAUCCACGAGCGACACUGAUAAAAACAUUGACGAUAACGUUAAAGCCUCGGAUAAGGCUUAUAACCCGACAGAGGAGGACCCGGAGUUGCACGCUAGGUGUCAGAAGUGGUUACAGGGGGUCGAAUUGGAGGAAGAGGUCGGGGAGGGGACGGGCGACAUGGAUGGAAUGUUUCCUCCAAUAAAUGAAGGUCUCAUCUGAUGAGUAUACUGUUAAAACGUCUAGGAGCCGUCCGUCACCUCAGUGAUGAACGCCGUCGAAGGUGCUGUGAACUGUCCCGGGGACAUUCGUGAUGCACGGCCUGACAUGCAAUUCCCCAUUCAUGUAUAGUAACCCCUGACCUGGACUCGGUCGAUACACAAAGUAGGCCUUGAGUAUGUAUGUUUAUCUUAUGUUCAAACCGGUACCCAUAUCAAUGAUAUUCUCGUUCUCCAAUCUAUCACUGAUGGUGUGUAGUCCGAAAAUGAAAAUGAUUGC